AUUGGGGCGGGGAAAGGAGGCUACGCUUAGGAAGGCAAACAAACUGCGGAAGUUGUAGCAGACAAGUUGGGAGGUCCGGUAGGUGCCCCCUCCCAACAGGGAAUGAGCAAGUGCCACGGCGGCAGGACUUUUCCCUUCUUUGAUUGUGGAAGGUGCUAGACAAAAACAUGGAACUAAUUUCCCCAGCAGUGGUUAUAAUCCUGGGUUGCAUUGCUCUUUUAUUAUUCCUUCAGCGGAAGAAUUUGCGUGGACCCCCGUGCAUAAGGGGAUGGAUUCCUUGGAUUGGAGCUGGAUUUGAGUUUGGGAAAGCUCCUCUAGAAUUUAUAGAGAAAGCAAGAAUCAAGUAUGGACCAGUAUUUACAGUCUUCAUUAUGGGCACCCGAAUGACCUUUGUUACUGAAGAAGAGGGAAUUAAUGUGUUUCUAAAAUCCAAAGAAGUAAAUUUUGAGCUAGCAGUGCAAAAUCCCGUCUAUCGCACAGCAUCAAUUCCAAAGAAUACUUUUUUAACACUGCAUGAAAAACUUUAUAUCAUGAUGAAAGGGAAACUAGGGACUUUCAACCUGUAUCAACUCACCGGACAACUGACUGAAGAAUUACAUGAGCAACUGGAGAACUUGGGCACUCAUGGGACAAUGGAGCUGAACAACUUAGUAAGGCAUCUCCUUUAUCCAGUCACAAUGAAUAUACUCUUUAAAAAAGGCUUGUUUCCCACAGACGAGAGAAAAAUCAGGGAGUUCUAUCAGCAUUUUCAAGCUUAUGAUGAAGGUUUUGAGUACGGGUCCCAGAUGCCAGAAUGUCUCCUAAGAAACUGGUCAAAAUCCAAAAAGUGGCUUUUAGCACUUUUUGAGAAAACCAUUCCAGAUAUGAAAACAUACAAAUCUGUAAAAAAUAAUUCCAUGACAUUAAUGCAGGCUAUGCUGGAUAUCAUAGAGACGGAGAGAAAGGAAGAAGAGAGCCCCAGUUAUGGGCUCUUAUUACUUUGGGCUUCUCUGUCCAAUGCUGUCCCUGUUGCAUUUUGGACACUUGCAUUUGUCCUCUCUCAUCCCACUGUCCACGAGACCAUUCUGGAAGGCAUAUCUUCUGUGUUUGGCACAGCAGGUAAAGAUAAGAUGAAAGUAUCUGAGGAUGACUUGAAGAAACUCCCACUAAUCAAGUGGUGUAUUUUAGAAGCCAUUCGUUUAAGAGCCCCUGGUGUCAUUACCAGAAAAGUGCUGAAGCCAGUUAAAAUUUUGAAUUAUACUGUUCCUUCUGGUGACUUGUUGAUGUUGUCUCCAUUUUGGCUGCAUAGAAAUCCGAAAUAUUUUCCUGAACCUGAAUUGUUCAAACCUGAACGUUGGAAAAAGGCAAAUUUAGAGAAGCAUGCUUUCUUGGACCAGUUCGUGGCAUUUGGAAGCGGGAAGUACCAAUGUCCUGGAAGGUGGUUUGCUCUGUUACAGAUUCAAAUAUGUAUUAUUUUAAUACUUCAUAAAUAUGACUGUAGUCUUCUAGAUCCAUUACCAAAGCAGAGUCCUCUCCAUUUGGUGGGUGUCCAACAGCCAGAAGGACAAUGCCGAAUUGAAUUUAAACAAAGAAAAUGACAUCUGUUGGGUCUAAAGAGGGCCGGCGCCUUCUGGAAGAGUGAUUGUCCCCAUCCACUAGCCUGGCAGCAUCUAGACCUGAGCUCUGCUAAAAUAUACUGCUUAACUUUGUUUUAGGAUUUAGUUCAAGAGCAUGUCUAAAUGGUAGGUGUGUUUGGUAACUUAAGAGUAGACCAAGAAUCUGACAUCACUCUCACCGAUACGAGGUCUGAAUACAGGGAUUAUAGAAGAUGUUUAAAUGAUUUUUAAAAGAUGCAUUUCCCCAGGAGUUGCAAUUUGGUUUCAUGCAUAACUGUAUUAAACUUUAAAUAGAAAUAGUGCCACUUGAAUGAAAAUCUUAGUAAACUGUGAAGGCCACAUACUUAAAUUUCUAUUUUGAAAAAGGCUAAAAGUCUUAGAUUCUAAGAAAAUAUUAAAACAGUAAUUUCUGGAAAUUUUUUUAGUUUUCUCAAUAUGAUUCUCAACUGGCAAU